ACGCUUUUCAAUAAACAAAGUUUGAUAUGGGGAAGGAAAAGAAAAAGGAAAAGGAAAGACAUCGUGAUCGCCAUCCACAUGGAUCUGACAAACGGAGGAGGAGAGAUGAUUCAGACUCAUCAGAUGAAGAUUCAAUGUCAGAUUCAUCAGAUGAAUCAAGAUCACGGUCAAGGUCACCUGUUCAAAGAUAUAGGAAAAGGUCAAGGUCUCCUGGACACCGGGAAAGGUCUCCAAAAUAUCGCAGCAGAAAACGCUCUGAUUCUGACUCUUCAUCUGCUAAACGCUCACGAUCAUCGUCAAAGUCAAAGAAAAAGUAUGAAAAAAAGUCUUCAAAGAGUGGAAAGAAAAAAGAGAGAGACCCAGAAGAAUUGCGGGAGGAACAAAGACAACAAAAGGAGUUGAUCAAGGCUCUAGAGACCCCUGUGGAGAAACGUGCUCGAAGACUGGCUAAGAAAGAGGCUAAAGAGAGGAGACGAAAAGAAAAAAUGGGCUGGGACAAAGACUACCUGGGUUACACCAAUGCUGACAAUCCAUUCGGAGAUGAACACUUACUGGAUACAUUCACAUGGGGGAAGAAAUUGGAAAAGGAAGGAAAGAAGAACCUGACAAAGGUUGAAAUCCAGCAUCAUCACAAACAGAAAAUGGAUGAAAGUAGACGUGAACUGGAGAAGGUGAAGAAAAGAAGACUUGAAAGGGAGAAAGAAGACGAAGAAAGGGAAAAAGAAAGAGAGACGAUGCAGAGAGAAAAAGAAGUGGAAUACUUCAGGGAAUGGGAGAAACAGGAGGACAGUUUUCACUUGAACCAGGCAAAGAUGAGAUCCAAGAUCAGAAUUCAGGAUGGCCGAGCCAAACCUAUUGACUUGCUGGCCAAGUACAUAAAUGCAGAAGACGAUGAUCUGGCGAUUGAAAUGCACGAACCUUAUACCUACCUCUACGGCCUGACCAUCCCUGACCUUGAAGAUCUUCUGGAGGACAUCAAGGUGUACUUGGAGUUGGAGGAAGGAAAAAAUGCUGACUACUGGCGUGACAUUAUCACUGUCACUAAAGACGAACUCAGUAAACUGAAGAAGCUUGAUACAAGUCAGAGAGAAUUUCACGACAGACGAGAAGGCAUCAAUGAAUCGGUCAAUGUAGAAGUGGCGACUAUCUUCAAAGGCAAGACAACCAAUCAACUGGUAGCUUUGGAGGUACAGAUGAAGAACAAGCUCAAGGGAGGCGAGGGUGUGGACGUAGGUUACUGGGAAUCACUACUCCAGCAACUCAAGGCCCAUGUUGCGAGAACGAGGCUCCGAGAGCGUCACCAGGAUGUUCUUAGACAGAAGCUCUUCAAACUGAAACAGGAGCAAGGAAUAGAAUCACAAGCCUUGUUUCCAUCUGCAACUGGUACAGAGAGUUCUGUAUCAAGGGAGAGCACUCCACAUCCCGAAACCUCAAUGCCACCACCUGAAGUGAAGGUAGAUUCAAAAGAGAAACAAGAGGAGCCCAAAGCUGGUCCUAGUGGGGAGGCAGACGAGGAGGAGCAGGAGGAGGAGGAUGAGGAUGAGCCUGUUAUCACAGAGGAGGACUUGGAGGAGCAAGCUUAUGUAGACUAUGAGGCUGGAAAGUACUCACCUAGACUGCAGCGCUUCAAUGACCUGGAGAUAGACACUGUUGUGUACAACCCUGCUGACGACAUGAAGAAACUGGAACUAGCCCGACAGCAGGUCAAAACACUGGGGCAAGUUAGGCUGGAUGGAGAGACAGAAUUUGAGAAGAAGGCGCGGGAGGGGAUGAAUGAUGAGGAGGCCACAUUCAGUGUAGAAGUGGCUCUCGAUCAGCAGGCCUUCCUGUGGUCUGAUAAGUACAGGCCUCGCAAACCUCGCUUCUUCAACAGAGUUCACACAGGGUUUGAAUGGAACAAGUAUAACCAGACCCAUUACGACAUUGACAACCCACCUCCAAAGAUAGUCCAGGGUUACAAGUUCAAUAUAUUCUACCCUGACCUAAUAGACAAGACAGAGACUCCUCAGUACACACUGACACCUAUUGAUGGAGAUAAGGACUUUGCUACACUCAAGUUCCAUGCUGGUCCUCCAUAUGAGGAUAUUGCCUUUAAGAUUGUGAACAGAGAAUGGGAAUACUCCUACAAACAUGGGUUUCGCUGUCAGUUCCAAAAUAACAUCUUCCAACUGUGGUUCCAUUUCAAACGCUACAGAUACAGGAGAUGAGGGAUGCUGCAGAUCAAGGAGGUUGAUUUGAAAUAUAUGAGUGUGGAGGAAUUGCACAGAAAAAAUAUUUUAGGUGUACACUUCUCAGCAGAAAUGUUAUUUUACAGACAAGUAUACCGCAAUUCUCAGCAGAAAUGUAAUUUUACAUACGAGUAUACCGCAAUUCUCAGCAGAAAUGUAAUUUUACAUACGAGUAUACCGCAAUUCUCAGCAGAAAUGUAAUUUUACAUAUGAGUAUACCGCAAUUCUCAGCAGAAAUGUAAUUUUACAUACGAGUAUACCGCAAUUCUCAGCAGAAAUGUAAUUUUACAUACGAGUAUACCACAAUUCUGAGCAGAAAUGUAAUUUUACAUACGAGUGUACCGCAAUUCCCAGCAGAAAUGUAAUUUUACAUACGAGUAUACCGCAAUUCUCAGCUGAUCGUAAUUUUAUACAGAAUAAACUGCUGUUCUACACUUCUAAGCAAGAAUUCAAUCUUAACACUAAGUGAGAUGUUACUGAUGUAGAACAUGAACACAAAGCCAUCAUCUCCAUCAGUUCAUGGACAAACUGUAAAAUAUUCUUGGAUGAGCAGUGACAGAAAAUGAUGUAAGUGUAGGGACUACAAUGAUGGGCUUCAAGUACAGGAAAGUAAGUCAUUCUGCACAAUUGAGUCAUUGGUUUUAUAUGAAUAUAUACUCUGUGAUUUAUUCUUGAGUGAAUUUAGGGUUAACCCUUUCACCACUGUAGAUCAUAAUGGACUCAUCCAUACCAAUGUAUGGUAGAGUCUAUUAAAGUUACAUAGGGAUGAAAGGGUUAAUUUAUGUAAGGAGAUGAAAAUGUAACAAUAUUUGUUGAGGUUACAGUGUACAGAGGUAACAGAGUGUGUUUAGGAGAAGCAAGUAAAAUGUGUGUACAAGUUGCAGUGUAUGUAGGGGAAGCUGGUAUCGUGCGUGUAGACACAAUUGUCACAAUGUGUAUAAGUAGCCAGUAAAAUGUGUGUACAAGUUGAAGUGUAUGUAGGGGAAGCUGGUAUCAUGUGUGUAGACAGAGUUAUUAGGAUGUGUAUAAGUAGCCAGUAACAUGAGGAGUGGAGAAGCUGUUACAAUACUGGCUUCAAUAUUACUGGUGAGAUACAGGCUGUAUGACUGUGGAUUAAUGUGAAAAACUAAUGACAAGUAUGGUUGGAUUAAUUAAAUGUAGUUGAUAGGUUUAAUUUUUGGACAAUAAGGCUGCGAUGUAAAUAUAUGAAAUACAAGAUAAAAUAAAAAACAAAUUCAUGAAAACAGCUCCAUUAAGUUUGUA